AUGGCCCAGCACCCCGCCCUCCCGGCCGCGGCCCAGGUGCGGCCCGGCGCCCCGGGCGCCCAGGCCGGCGCCGCUCGCGCGGAGGGCGGCGCCACGAAGAGGCUUCCUGGCACCGGCUUGGCCUUCAUUGGGGACGCCCUGCGCCCAACGUGCGAGGGCACGGAUCAGCCCCGACCCCGCCACGACCCCUGCGCUGCUCUCUUCGAGGGCCAGGCCUUGUCCAUCGAGCGCGUGGUCGAGGCCGCGCGCAGGCAGCGGAUACGGGAGGGCACGGCGUGGAUCGACGACGUCGCCCCGGUCAGGCCCGACGCGGCGACGGUGUCCUUGGCGCUCCCGCUCGCCUCGCGGCUUGCGCCCGAGCGGCCUGGCCCGCGCUGUGCGACCCAGCAGGGGUGCAGGGCCGCAGCCCGACGGGCGCGCCCCGGCUCCGCGGCAGUGCGCCCGGGCAGCGCUGCGAGCAUGGCAAGGGCUCCUCAGGAGGGCUCCGCCAGCGCGCGCUCCGUUCGGACGCGCAUGCUGCCGCAGCCGAAGGCCACGCCCCCAGGGCUGCAGGAGGUGCGGGGCCUGCCGCACGAGGGGAGCCCUCGGCACGCAGACCUGGGCAAGGACUCGAGCGGCCCGUUUGAGGCAUGGGGUGGCGACAAGGAAAGCGCCAUGCGUGACGCCGCGGGCGCCAUCCAAGAGUGCACAUCCCCAGAGGCCCGCCUCGUCCGCGUCCGCCCGAAGUCCCCACAGUUACGGGAGGCCAGACGCGGAGCAGGUGUCCGGCAAGACCAUGCAGGGCGUGUGGACUGUGUGCGAUGUCUUCUGGGCUUUCGACACGGAGCACACGGGCUUCUUGACGCGCAUGGACUACAUCCAGCGGCUCGGCGACCCGCCUAG